CACCAGGAUGGCACGCAAGGCAAGUCUACUGAAGAAGCGACGGGGCGUACGCAACUCUACAGGCAGCGCGGGUGGGGGAGCUCUGGAGAGGCAGGAGAGCUUAGUGUCCUUGGCCGGGAUACCGGACACGCCGGGACAACGGAUGCCCAGCUCACAGAUAUUCAUAAAGCCAUGAUCCGAGUGAUACGAAAAAUUAAGUUUUUUGUUGCAAGACGAAAGUUUCAGCAAGCCCGAAAACCCUAUGAUGUAAGAGACGUGAUUGAGCAGUACUCUCAGGGCCACUUGAAUAUGAUGGUGCGAAUCAAAGAACUGCAGCGAAGAUCAACAAAAUGGACCUCAAGCUGGACCAAACCAUCGUCCUCUUGAAUAUUCUUGUACGUCAACAACAAAAUCAACUUGAUCAACAGCUAAUACGCCCUCAGAAUGAACAGGAGCAGAGUGCAACAGAUGUAGUUGGUAACUCAUAGCAUCAACUCUUCACUCAUUACGCUCAUUGAUUAAGUGUAAUUUGUGUAAUGGGACCAAUGUAAAUAACAUCAAUUCCUGUGAAUUUAAGUUAUUGUUUUUAACUUCCUUGUCACUCAUUCACGAUGAUGGAUGACUGCACAGUGUUCCUGAUGAAGCAGUACCCUCAAAAAUGCAUUUCAAAGUUUUAACACUCAUUUGAAUUUAAAUGUAGAAUGUUACUGACUUCAGAAGAAAUAUUCCUUAACUCUCAGAUGAAUGAGCACAAGGAUUAAAGUUAUAUUGCGUACAUAAUCCAGGGUAGUGCUGCGAUAAGUAGAAAGAAAUAUACACAAAUUUGUCAAUUUGGUGGCUUGAAAAGAUACCAAUUGUUCUUUUGUAUUAUAUUAAGUUUUUCAGGAUUGUCCUUCAAUAAGACCUGGAUCAGAGAAUUACAUUUUCGAAUGUAGAUUUGUCUUACAAAAUAAAUGCUUUUGAAAAAAAUAUAAAGUAACUGGAUGCACUUAGUUUAAUACUUUUCUUUUAACAUCCAGCAUUAUAACUGAUCGUGUUCGCCAGUGAAGGCAGUUUGUUAAUGAAUCUCCUGAGCCUGAGCAAUAUUAUUUUAGGAUUGAGUAGAGAUUUAUUUUUUAUUUUAUCUGUUUGACUGAAUUUUAUGUUACUUUGUGUAUAUAUAUUUUAUUGUAAGUGUUUCAGUACAUGCUUUCUGUUUGUUUUAGAACAUGCUGUGCUUCACCUAAGAAAGGAUUGUGAUAGUGUGAUAUAUAAUGCCUUGAAGGCUCUUCAUUUUAAUAUCAAAUGCAGCUCAAAUGUAGUCUUACUUGGAACAUGAAUUUAUCAACAGCUGGGUUUUUUAACAGACAGCAAUCAAAGAAAAACCAUGUAUUAGAAUUAAGUUUAGCAAAUAAAUGGUUUUGUAAUCACAUUAGCAGUCAUUUCUAGUAGCCAUACUUUCAACAUUGAAGUUUUAUGUCGUUGGAUUUGGUACAUGUAACGUAAAUCUGUUAGCCACAGUGCAGGCGAGGCAGAGUGGGCGAAACGGUGAAAAUUAAUAAAAAGGCAAAGAGGUGACGAGCCACACCAAGAACGGCACGAUUCAAGGCGAAUCAGGGGGGAAGAAAGUGAUCCAAUGGCGGUUUAUUUAUUAUCGCUUGCAUAGCUUGAAAUUUACUCAUGUCUGCAUGCAUAUUGUUAUUAAGUGUCAAUAAAAGAAAUAAAUAAAAAUCAAAGAGAGAUGGGGAGAGAGAGAGAAUAACAUUUUUUUAAAGUAGACGUUUUUAACACACACACACACACACACACACACACACACACACACACACACACACACACACACACACACACCCAUGGCAAAAAAUUUAGUAGGCGGGCUUCCGACCCUAUCUACCAUGGCCAACCUGGGUGAGGCAUACGAGGAGAGAGAGAAAGAAAGAGAGAAAGAAGGAGAAAUAGAAAGAGAAUGAAAGACAGACAGAAAGACAGUGGGAAAGAAAGAAAGACAGAAAGAAAGAGAGAGGGGGGGGGGGGCGUGAGAGAAAGAGGGAGAUGAAUUAGUGUGCAUAAAGGGAAUGUUUAGAGAACGAUGAAUAGGUAUAGUGUGCGUGCUCAAGCGUGUUCUACAUUAAGACGUGAGUAAAUUUUAAGCUAUGUGAGCGAAAAUAAAUAAGCCCGAUUUAAUGGCGCUCGUAGUCGCUUGAAAUUUACUCACUUCUGCAUACAGAACAUGCCUGAACACACACACAGUUUUGAUACCACACAAGACACAAGAUCAACUCAAAUUAAAUGACAAGCAA